AUGGCCAGUUUACAGGUACUUCCAGCGCAGUGUCAGCGAAACGACAGCGAGGAGUUUUUCUUCGACUUCUCCGGCCAGGCGCCCGUGUCGCUGAGCCCCCCGUCGUUGUUUCCCCUGAACAACCCCUCGGUGUUGUUUCCGACGCCCCAACCUGUCGUCUACACUCACACCACCGCCGGCCUGAUCGAAGACUUUGAAAUGCAAGACGAGCCGCCUACCAACCCGUUCAAUAUCUAUGGUAACCCUGAGCAGUUCAACUGCGUACCCCAGGUUCCAGGCCCAUUGCCGGCGGAGCCGCCAGUGCAAGCAGUGCUGCCACUCCAGCUUUUACAAAAGCCCCGUCGUCGUCGCAUCACAUUGUUGGAACACGAUGACCCGCUGAAGAAGUCUGAAGACGAGUUUUUGUUGUGUAACCCCGAUAUCCGUCCUGGCCACUUGAUGGAAAAGCAAUUUGACGAAAGCCUGUUGUUCAUCCCCAGUAACAACCUGAAGUUCGAUUUGAGUUCUUCUGCUAACAACUCUCAAGGUGUCAUUCCCGGUUACGAAAACGACUAUUUGUUUAUGGACGACUUUGACGAAGCUGCCGAGGUCGACGACUUAUCCGACGAUGAUGACGACGACAAGUACUUCCACGUUGACGACUUGAUGGGUAAUGCUAACUUUGCUGGUCUCAACCAACAGCAACAAGUGCAGCCGCCGAUUGCGUUGGACGUCCCCUUGCCUGUCAAUGACUUAUACGAAUACGUUAAACCCGAAGUUCAUGACGUCCACAUCAAGGAAGAAGUUACCAACCAAUUUGAAGCUAUGCAAGUCGACGACUUGGAGCUACCAGUGCUGAUGAUGGAAGCUCAACCCCCCAUCUUGAUGAGCGAAGCCAAGGACAGCCUUAGUCCCCAACAAAUCACGACCGCGGUGCAAAAGACCGACGAACUGCAUACCUGUGAACAAAUUAAUCCUGCGACCGGUAAGCCUUGCUUCAAGCACUUUAGCCGCCCUUAUGACCUCAUCCGACAUCAGGAAACCAUCCACGCUCGCAAAAAGCGGAUUUUCCGGUGUGUGAUCUGUGAGGGUCGCGAAGAAGGUGGUCCUGGCAAUGGCAAGUCGAAGACGUUCAGUCGAGGCGAUGCAUUGUCGCGUCACAUCAAGGUGAAGCACAAUCUUGUUGGUAAGGACGCGGCGACUUUGAUCAACAUGGCUAAGGACCACGUUGAAUUUGCUGAGGAAUAA